CGUGAACCCGCGGGCUGCUAUUAUACACCUCAGCGUCGUGGAUGCGGAUUAUCCGACGUCGUUCUUCUGUAAAAAAAACAAAAACCGACCAAUCGCAUGCAGCACUAGACAACCAGCCUGUCGUACAUUUUGACUCUUCUUUAUUUAUUUUUCAUAUUUACAACGCGAAACGCCAGCGACGGGAUGUUUUGCUUAUUUGGACAGUAAGUAAGAGGAUCGCUGGAAUGACCGAAAGCUUAUGGGCGGAGAGAGGCGGAUGCGCACGGACAUUGUGAUCCCAGAUAAUACAGAAGAGAAAAGAUGCUCCACGGGGAUUAUUUUAAACCUCUGUGUUGACCUAAACAUCCCAGUCCGAGAAGAAGGAACAAACGUGAUUGCUCUUCGGUGCUUCCCAGAAGUCAGCUAUUGAGAAAUGAACGCUGCUAAUUGUGAUUUAAAACGCCGAGGAGAGAGGAUAUAAAUACCGGGCUGAAAAGGAAAUGGAGGGUUUUCUUCGUGCCUGGAUGAGGAAUGUAGAGCCCCAUUUACAGUGACAGACAUCUCAUGUGCCUCGUAAGCAGUGCUGGGUAAAUUAUUUACAAAUGGUUACUGAUUGCAAAUGACAUAAUGAGAAUUGUGGUCAGUAACAUCAAAUAGGUUAUUUAUUUUGGGUUUAAUGUGUUGCUUUUGGAUUACUUUUUAGAUUACUUUUGACUUUAGGGGCAUCCUGUGUUUUAAAAGAAUGAAAUUAAUUUACAUGGCAAUUAUUUAAAGCUAAACAGCUUGUUAUGAAUGAAAUAUUUAAAGAAAAAAGAAAUGAAUUAACCACUAUGAGUGUGUGAGUAGUCUGUAGACACACGUAAUCCGUAAAGUAACUGUAAUCCGAUUAUGAUCAUUUUUUAAACGUACAUGCACUACAUUUUUUGGAAUCUGAUUACGUAAUCAAGAGUACAUGUAAUCACUUACUACCCAGCACUGCUUCUAAGACUUAUUUUAUGGUUUAAGACCAAUUGACGUGUACAAUAUGGGGAGCGACAGUGAAAUACUGAACCGCGAACUGUCCAAGUUGUCUGAUGAAGACUUGCUGGCUUGUACUAAGGAAGAGCUGGUGAAUAGACUGCGCAAGGAAGAAUCUGAUAAGAUGUCUGCUCUCAUACAGCGUGGUCGAUUAAUCAAAGAAGUCAAUAAACAACUGCAGGGACAUCUGCUUGAAAUCAGGGAACUCAAAGUCAUCAACCAGCGCCUGCAAGAGGAGAACCAGGAACUUCGGGAUUUAUGCUGCUUUCUGGACGACGAUCGUCUGAAAGUGAAGAAACUGGCACGUGAGUGGCAACUAUUCGGUCACCAUGCUGCCAAAGUGAUGCGUGAGGACCUCGGCGGAUACCUCAAGAAGCUCGCCGAUCUGGAGAGGAUGCAGGACGGUUUGGUGAAGGAGAAUCUGGAUCUGAAGGAACUUUGUUUGGUGCUUGAGGAAGAGUGCGUGAGCAGAAGUGAUUCCAGCCCCGGUGGAUCCACAGAUCUCAAUAUACCGUGUAUGGUGGCCCGGGACGUGGGCGAUGGGAGCUCCAGCACUGGGAGUGUUGGCAGUCCUGACCAGCUGCACUUGGUGUGUUCACCAGAUGACUGAGGGAGAGGAGCAGAGCCAUAUUACUUUAACCUUCUCUCUUGACGCUGAGACGGACUUUAUAUGUCUGCAAACAAAAGUAGUUUACAUUUUCUGACAAUGACAUCUCAGCUAUUUCGAUUGAAAUAGACCAGGACUUAUAAAGUAGGCUAGUUUACUCGUGGCCCUUUUGAUGCCAUAAGUACUGUUUCUCUAUAUUUCCUUGAUCAACAUUUUAUAGUUGGCAGACCUAUAAAACUUGAGUGAACUCAUUGGGUGCCAGGCAAAAUAUAACUAUUUUUAAGCUUUAAAGUGACAGCCUCUCCUUUUAAAAUCACUCCUCUUGCUGGAAAGUCCAGUUUAAAGGGAUAGUUCUGACAGAUUGAAAAUUCUGGCAUUAUUUUAAAAACUGCAUGAGUUUAUUUCUUCUGUGGAAAACAAAAGAAGAUAUUUUGAGGCACUGUUUUAUCCAUAAAAUGAAAGUUAGAGGUUUUCAAAAUAUAACUAGACUAGUAUUGUGCAAACAAGGGAUAUGGAAGUGAAUGAAAGGCUAAUAUGUAUAAAAAUAACUAUGAAACAAUCAAGCAAUCUAACCUAAUUAAAAUUAAAUAAGACACUGGAAAAUUAUUUGUUUACUAUACACAAGAUGUAAAGGGGGAAAAAGCACAUAAUGACCACAAAUUACUAAACUAUUCCCACAUUUAUUAAUCCAUCAGCAUGUUUUAAUAACUAAUUUCAUCAUUUUAAGGAAAUACAAUAUAACAAUGUGUUCCCUUGUUUUAAUAAAUCAUGGCCAUGUGAUUAUUUCUUUCCCUUGUUGCAGAAUAUCAUAAUAAAUGGUCAUGGUUUACUGUAACGUGGGGCCGAUGUAAAUUGUGGGAAUGAAAUCUUCAUUUGUGGACACCAAAAAUCAGAGAAUAACUCCUUCACUUGUUGAAUUCUUAAUUUAUAUUUUCCCUGCAUGUCAUGUGACCAUUAACCGUUAUCAGAGAAAAUCAUGAAUGAAAUGUGAAUGUGCUGUUAAAUUGCUGAAAUAUCAAAACUUCAGGGGGUGAAUAUUUUUGCUGAAUUUGCUGUUUGGCUGAAUGUGAACGAAUCAUUUUCGGGUGAACUCUCCCUUUAAGCUGGUAGCUGUGUUUUUGGAGAAGGGUGUUUGGUUUCUAGCAUAGUCGAAAACCAUCUGGACCACCUAAAGGUGAUACAGCAAUGCUGGUGUAAGAUAACACAAACCAUCCACCUUGUUCCCAAAGCUUCAGAAUUUCCGGCAAGCCCAUGUAUCGUAUUAGUAGCAUUAUUUGAAUGUAUGUUUUUCCAAGCCUUGCUGGAAUGUUUCCUCUCAUCUCUUAUACAGGGGUUGUAGAUAGGGACAAAUAUAGGUUUAGUUUUGGGGUCGACAUUUUGAACAACGUUGGGAGAAACCAACCAUACUGCUAACUUUUACCAGGUUUUACUGUGCACUGAUCUGCUCACGGGCUGAUGUUUCUCCUACAUGCACUACGACAGGGCUGUAACGACUCUCGAAUCUUUAGAGAUUCACAUUUUUACUGAUUAGAGCCAUAUUAUAUGUAGUGAUCCCUUUGAGAUCAUUUACAAAAAAAAAAAGCACUGAAUCAUUUUUAACAAUGGAGAGUAUCAACGGAUUGUGCAAAGCCUCCAUUGUAAGCAGAUCAGAUAUUUUGUUUUGACGUAAUCGCGGAGGCCCAAUAAUUGAUUCACUGGAACUGCACAUGUUAUUAGACCACUUUUCUACAGUAUGAGAUUGUUUUUGCUUGUUCAUUUUGAACUGGACGGUAUAAUUUACUAGAUGUAGUGAUGUGUGCUCCACUAAACUAUGUUGCUAUGAUUUCAAAUGAUCUUUCUUUUGCAUUAACCCCACUUUAACUACACAGCUGUACUGUACAAAGCUUUUUGUGUUCAGUUGUUGUUUUGGCAAGACUUUAAUUAACACAUGCAUAAUUGACACUCAUGUUUGGAGGGGAAAACAUUGUAGUUUUAAAAUGAUUGUGCUAGAUAUUGUUAUUAUUAUUAUCAUCAUUAUAGUCAUUUCCGCUGUAUUUGCUGCAUACGAGACCCUCCUACAUAAGAUUGUUCUGUUGUACAUGUUUUAAAUCUGAUUAUGUUUAUGAUCAGUAUUAUUUCUGCAGUUCUAUAGCUAUAAGACCCAGUUCUCUGAUUGAUUAGCAUUUGCUUUGCUUCAGGCUAUGCUCAUGGUGGGUGAGAUAGCUUUAAAUACACUUGACUGACACACCAUGUUCUGGUCUGGUCUUUUUUUACCUCAUACCAUCACUCUGCAUGAGAAUAUAUUAAAAAAGACAUUUUAAGACUG